AUGCAUUUGCACUUGAGUGCCACCUCACCACCACCCACCGCCAUCCCCUGCUCCCACCCUCACACCGGCUUCACAUCCAGUCUCACGCCAUCCCCUGCUCCCACUCUCACACCGGCUUCACAUCCAGUCUCACGCCAUCCCCUGCUCCCACCCUCCCACCGGCCUCAAGUCCACGCUCACUACGGCGUCACGUCCACUCUCACCGCCAUCGCCUGCUCCCACCCUCACCCGGGCUCAAGUCCACCCUCACCGCCAUCCCCUGCUCCCAACCUCACCCCACCCUCACGUCCACCCUCACCGCCAUCCCCUGCUCCCACCCUCAACCUGGUUUCACGUCCACCCUCACCACUGCGUCACGUCCAUUCUCACCGCCAUCCCUUGCUCCCACCCUCACACCGGCCUCACGUCCACCCUCACCGCCAUCGCCUGCUCCCACCCUCACACCGGCCUCACGUCCACCCUCACCCCGGCCUCACGUUCACCCUCACCGCCAUCCCCUGCUCCCACCCUCACACCGGCCUCACGUCCACCCUCACCCCGGCCUCACGUCCACCCUCACCGCCAUCCCCUGCUCCCACCCUCACACCGGCCUCACGUCUGCCCUCACCGCCAUCCCCUGCUCCCACUCUCACCCCGGCCUCACGUCCACCCUCACCGCCAUCCCCUGCUCCCACUCUCACCCUGGCCUCAAGUCCACCCUCACCGCAAUUCCCUGCUCCCACCCUCAACUUGGUCUCACGUCCACCCUCACCACGGCGUCACGUCCACUCUCAACCCGGCCUCACGUCCACCCUCAUCAGGCAUCCCCUGCUCCCACCCUCACCCCGGCCUCACGUCCAUCCUAACCACCAUCCCCUGCUCCCACCCUCACCCCGGCCUCACGUCCACCCUCACCGCCAUCGCCUGCUCCCACCCUCACCUGCCUCAAGUCCACCCUCACCGCCAUCCCCUGCUCCCACUCCUCACCCCCAGCCUCACGCCUCACCCUCACCGCCAUCCCCUGCUCCCAACCUCACCCCACCCUCACGUCCACCCUCACCUCCAUCCCCUUGUUCCCCCUGGCCUUGUGCCCUACCCUCACCCCACCCUCACGCACCCUCACCUCCAUCCCCUGCCCUCCCACCCCCUCACCCCACCCUCACGUCCACCCCUCACCUCCAUCCCCUUGUUCCCACCCUCACCCCACCCUCACGUCCACCCUCACCUCCAUCCCCUUGUUCCCACCCUCACCCCACCCUCACGUCCACCCUCACCUCCAUCCCCUGCUCCUACCCUCACCCCGGGCCUCACGUCCACCCUCACCGCCAUCCCCUGCUCCCCACCCUCACCCCGGCCUCACGCUCACCCUCACCGCCAUCCGCUCCCACCCCACCCUGGCCUCACGUCCACCCUCACGUCCAUCCCCUGCGCCCCUCACCUCCAUCCACCCCUCUGGCAUCCCACUCCCCUCACCCCGGCCUCACGUCCACCCCUCACCUCCACCCCUGCCCCACUCUCACCUGCCUCGGCCCACGUCCACCCUCACCUCCAUCCCCUGCUCCCACCCUCACCCCUGGCCUCCGUCCACCCUCACCGCCAUCCCCCUGCUCCCACCCCUCACCCCGGCCUCACGUCCACCCUCACCCCACUUCACUCCCACGCCACCCUCACCGGCAUCCCCUGCGCCUCACGUCCACCCCCUCACCGGGCAUCCCCUGCCCCACCCUCACCCCUGGCCUCACGUCCACCCUCACCUCCAUCCCCUGGUGCCCACUCUCUCCCCCUGGCCUCACGUCCACCCUCCCGUCCCCUGUUCACCCUCACCCCUCCCGGCCCUCACCCCCCAGCCUCCACCCUCACCGCCAUCCCCUGCCUCAAGCUGCGCCCACUCCCUCACCCCAGCCCCACGUCCACCCCUCACCGCCAUCCCCUUGCUCCCACCCUCACCCUGGCCCCUCACGUCCACCCUCACCGCCAUCCCCUGCGCCCACCUCACCCCGGCCUCACGUCCACCCUCACCUCCAUCCCCUUGCUCCCACCCUAACCCUGGCCUCACGUCCACCCUCACCGCCAUCCCCUGCGCCCACUCUCUCAAACCGGCCUCACGUCCACCCCUCACCGCCAUCCCCUGCGCCCACCCUCUCACCCCACGUCCCCCCCACCAUCACGUCCACCCACCCCUCACCCACCCUCACCUUCUCCCACCCUCACCCCGGCCUCACGUCCACCCUCACCUCCAUCCCCUGCGCCCACUCUCACCCCGGCCUCACGUCCACCCUCACCUCCAUCCCCUGCGCCCACUCUCACCCCAGCCUCACGUCCACCAUCACCGCCAUGCCCUUCUCCCACCCUCACCCCGACCUCACGUCAAAGCCAACUCAUUAUUACGAAAAUCCUCCGGCAAUGUCUAUACCGUCAUAUCUAAACGCGAAUUGUUUCUGGGGUUUAUAG